UGUGAAUUACACAAGCAUACUUGGAAUCCAGAGAAUAAAAAGAAAGGACGUUAUACAAUACACGAGAGCCCUACAGUCGAGCUAUAACCAGAUUCCCCCAAAAGCAUGUCCACCCGCCAACCCGCGCGCCCGCGGCGCAUCGACGACGCCCUCUCGCAGCUCGUCGACUCCCUUACCCCUCCGCUCUCAUUCUCCGACAUCGACGACGGCUACUCCGACGACGCAGAAGAAGCUCUCGCGGCAGCCGAGGAGCGACGACACCAAGAUAUCCUCGAGCGGUCAUGGCGCAUCCUGGACACCUACACGAGCGCCGCCAACAAUGAUCCGUCCUCGCCGCCGGGCCCCGGAAUAAACAGACGAGGAAGCUUAGCAGGCGGAGAGAACAUCAACAACGCGUCGGACCUGAUUAAGCGGAAAUUACUGCGCGAGAAUGCGAGCCCCGAUAAGGCGGUGCGGUUCUCGAAUCUUUACUCGCGUCUGUUGACGCAGCCGGUGCUGUCGCAGAAAUGGGCCAUCCUGUACUUACUUUAUCGACUCUCCGGGGCGGAUGAUUAUGAUGGGUUUGUUAUGGAUGACGAGGUGAUGGUGGAGGCGAGGAGUCCGCCGGUCGAGCCGGCGAAUUUACAGAAUGUGCUUUGGAAGGGCCAGAGGACGAAACAACAGGGUUGGGGUGCUGGUGAUCAGUCGGAUGAGGAGGGUCCGGCGAUUAGUUCGUCGGCGUCUCAGUUGCCUGGGAGGAUUGAGAGAAAGGCUUCGGUGCGACGGCAGGAAUUAUUUGCGGAUAAGGAACGAGAACCGGAGCUUGAUGGGGGGUUACAGACGACGGAGAGGGCUCGAGAGACUCGGGUUACUCGUAGUCGGGCGAAUACUGGGGUUAGAGAACCGUUUAGUGAUGAUCAGAAGACGGUAAUGCCGGAUCCUGGUCCGGAGAAGGAGCAGAAGCCUACGGGGCCGUUGGAAGAUGGGCUGCUUCGUGAUUUACCAUUCAAUUUGCAGGGGCUGUCGUCCUCCAAUUUGCAAUUCUCCUCCUCGUCUAUCUUGAAAUUACCGCCGUCACUGCCUUUGCCAGUCGUUUCGCUUCUGAAUUCACUUGCAGAGCCCUGCCUUCUAUAUCGUGGGUUGUCGUCCUUUGUCGAGAGCUCUGGCGGUGGCCUUUUGAGCCAGAGCUUGCGAGCAGCUCUCUCGAAUGAACUCCGCUCGUAUCUGGGCUUAGUUGCUACGUUGGAAGGGGAGAUUCGGCGGGCGUUGGCUGCGCCUGGAGAUCCGAAUGAUCCUCGGAGUGCCGCUAAGAGUGGUGUGACGUUGAAGCGAUGUGUUGUCUGGACGCGAGAUGCAACGAUGGCGCUGCGGUUGAUGAGUCUUAUUGUUGAGGAAGCUCAGAACAAGAAAGGUGGUCAACUGAUCUCUCUAAUUCAUGGCUUCUCGACGUCUCAUGGCGACCCCUUCGUAUGCGCUCUGGCAGAGAAGCUUCUCAACCAUGUCACCCGGCCCUUCUACGAUAUGCUACGGCUUUGGAUUUACGAUGGCGAGCUGUCCGACCCCUACAAAGAAUUCUUCGUUGUCGAGCCAGAGUUCAGGCCCAGCACAGACCCACGUCGCAUUGCAACCAGUGUUUGGGAGGAUAAGUAUAAGCUUGACGAUGAGAUGGUACCUUCCAUAAUCACACAAGACUUUGCUAAGAAGGUAUUCCUGAUCGGAAAAUCAUUGAACUUCAUACGAUAUGGCUGUGGAGACUCGGGGUGGGUCGAAGCCUACUCGAAGGAAGCGUCCAAGGAGCUGCGGUAUGGCGAUACGGCUACCCUAGAGUCUUCGAUUGAUGAAGCCUAUAAGACUACGAUGGCGCGACUGAUCUACCUUAUGGACGACAAGUUUAAACUAUUCGACCAUCUUCGAGCGCUGAAGAAAUACCUAUUGCUCGGACAGGGUGAUUUCAUCGCCUUGCUGAUGGAGUCAUUAGCGUCCAACCUCGACCGGCCAGCUAAUUCACAGUACCGGCACACACUGACUGCCCAGUUGGAGCACGCCAUUCGAGCAUCAAACGCACAAUACGACUCCCCAGAUGUCCUCCGUCGGCUGGAUGCCCGCAUGCUAGAGCUCAGCCAUGGAGAGAUUGGCUGGGACUGCUUCACCCUGGAAUACAAAAUCGACGCCCCAGUAGACGUGGUCAUCACACCCUGGGGCUCCACUCAAUACCUAAAAGUCUUCAAUUUCCUCUGGCGAGUGAAACGAGUCGAAUUCGCCCUUGGCAGCACCUGGCGACGAUGCAUGACGGGGGCCCGCGGCGUCCUAGGAAGCGUCAACGACAAAGUCGGCUCCGACUGGAAACGAGCAAGAUGCGUAAUCGCCGAGAUGAUCCACUUCGUGUGCCAACUGCAAUACUACAUCCUAUUCGAAGUGAUCGAAGCAAGCUGGGACCAACUACAAGCCUCCAUCUCCAAGCCCGGCUGCACCCUAGACGACCUAAUCGAAGCCCAUACCAAAUACCUCAACUCCAUCACCCACAAAGGCCUCCUGGGCUCCUCCACCUCCUUCAAAAACAACACCUCCUCUUCCUCCUCAACCAACUCGAAACCCCAACAAGAAGAAGGCUUCCUCACCCAACUCCAUCAAAUCCUCAAAAUCAUGCUCGCCUACAAAGACGCCGUUGACGGCCUGUACUCCUUCUCCGUCGCUGAAUUCACCCGCAGACAGGAACUCAGCGCCAAAAUAGAAACCCGCACCGCCCAGGGCCGCUGGGGCCUCACGGACCGUGACCUCCGUCGUCCCCUUCGAGGCCAUAAGGACUCCGUCUCCUCCUCUAUGUCCCCCUCCGUCGCUGCUUACACGCCCAAUAACCUCGCCGGUGGUGGCGCCGAUGACUUCGGUGGCAUCGGCACCCCAUCGUCCCUCAACCCCAAUGACCUCUCUGCGGACGAUCAUAUGCUUGCUUCCCUGCGUGUCCGGCUCCGCGACCUCUCCGCGGAGUUCCGCUCCCGUCUCAAUGUCCUCCUAGGUGAUCUUGCUUACCAGCCUGAUGUGGAUAUGCGGUUCCUGGGCGUUGUUAUGAACUUCAAUGAUGUGUAUGAACCCGUGAGGAGACGAAGGACUGCGGGAUCUAGUUCCCGUGAUAAGGAAAGAGCGAGACGUAAGGCGGCCGCUGUUGCCGCUGCGAAUGCGAAUGCUGCUGCUGAGGGUAAUGCGUCGUCGUCUAAGGAGGCGAGGAGAGAGAAAGAGAGGGAAAAAGCGGAAAAUAGCGGGACUGGAAGCGCUACUGGGUAGUAAGUUGUAGAUGUUUGCUGUGACUUUUGGAGCUGUAUAUCUAUCUCCCUCGAGGAGAGUUUUUGGUCUGUCUGAGUGUCUGUUUUGUACAAGUUCAUGGAGUCAAGGAUGGGGUGGCAUGGGAUGGGCUGGAUGGGAAUUGAAGCGAAGUGAUAAAUUCAAAAAUCAGAAGAAUGUAUAAUGAGAAGUCAUAAC